AAUGAAUGGUCUCUAAUUCCCAAUGAAAACUAAGGCAUGACUAGCUGUAGCUUUGUUAUAGUUGAUGCGAACACAAACAAAUCUCUGAGCUGAGAUGCUGCACAGAUAGAUAAUUUAAGACACAACCAAUCACUUUGGUUUCUUCAUUUCAGAACACAUUUUCUCCCUCCUCUAUAAAUUAUAAAGAUCGCACACACUAACAUAACACAACACUCAUUCUUCUUUCCUUCUCUCUCUCCCUCUCUCUCUCUACUCAUUACAGAACACAAUGUCGGCUUACAGAGACGAAGACCCCCGUCUUCAUGGCAUCAAAACUAAGAUUCGUGUCGUCCCACACUUUCCCAAAUCCGGAAUAAUGUUCCAAGACAUCACUACUCUCUUGCUCGAUCCCAAAGCCUUCAAGGACACCAUCGACUUGUUCGUGGAGCGUUACAAAGGCAAAAACAUUUCUGUUGUUGCAGGAAUUGAAGCUCGGGGAUUCAUAUUCGGUCCUCCCAUAGCAUUGGCAAUAGGAGCAAAGUUUGUACCAUUGAGGAAACCAAAGAAGUUACCUGGGAAAGUGAUAUCUCAAGAGUAUAUUCUGGAGUACGGAAGGGACUGUCUUGAGAUGCAUGUUGGAGCAGUUGAAGCUGGUGAACGCGCUAUAGUGGUUGAUGAUUUGAUUGCAACUGGUGGAACACUCUGUGCUGCUAUGGACUUACUCGAACGUGUGGGAGCAGAGGUAGUGGAGUGUGCCUGUGUAAUAGAAUUGCCAGAACUGAAGGGGCGCGAACGGUUGAAUGGGAAGCCUUUGUAUGUGUUGGUGGAAUACUUGGAAGUAUGAGACAACACAAUUGCAAUGGCAAUGGCAAUGCCUAUGGCUAUGGCUUCCUUUUCCCAUACAAAUUAAUCAAUAUUUGUAUCACCCUCUCCUCUCAUCUCUUCUCUUCUUCAUGCCUUACCCUUAAAUAAAACUUCAUAACUUUGGCUACACCCAUUUAUUCUACAUUUUCUUUGGUUUUUUCUUCUGUGUCUCUGUGUUUGGUGGGGGAUUGGUCCGAAUCAAACUAAUCAAUAUUGGAUAAGGCGCACUUCUCACUAGUUAGUAACUUGUUUUAGUAUGUUAUGUUAUAACCAUAAUGAAAAGGAUGUAUGUAGUUCUACCAAUUAAGUUCCAAGGUGGUUCACGA